CAAUAAUCCAAGAUGGCGGCGGAUCCUUCGAGUCGUGUGCGUUCAAAUAGCGAGUUUAGGGAGCGUUUGAUGGAAAAGGUUCAAGUGAAUGUUACGGAAACAGGAAAGUUAGCUCAGCAGCUGUUAAAAAGCUCGCGUUCCCACGAGGUAAACUUUUAAAAUAUUUCGUUAUGCUGUUUGUAAUCGUAAAGGGAGCCCGGAAAUUAAAGCUAAGGGAGGCUGCAGUUUACCAAUCCUCGAGUAAUAGCUACAGCAAACUCUCUCGCAAGCGACCACCCUUGGUGCGCAGAAAAGUAGUCGCUUACGGAAGGUGGUCGCUUAUGGGAAGACGUAGCGAAAUAAGCUAGUUGACCUUGUUUUAAUACAACCCUUCCUGCUUUAUUAAGUAAAUCAUGUUGUUCGUAUGCUAAGUAGUAUCUUUAGGCAUAAUUUCCAUAAGAAAAGGACAGAGGUUUGUAUCAAAACAAGGUCAACCACAGCCUCAUGUUCACUCAAAGGCUAAGAGACCACGUCCACAAUAAAAUGGCCUAUUAAUUAAAAUUAGGCUGGUAGACAGCGUUUCCUCUGCCUGAAACUAAUUUGCUUUUCUUGCGAGCAACAAGUACAAUACAGUUUAAAAUUUGUCGCUUGUUAAUCAUAAAUCACCUAAAUUCAGUUUUAACCGAACAAAACAUGGGAUAAAUGCGAAACAUAAGGUGCAUAUACUGCUUACACUCCAGUUCAGACUGUACAGUAUUUACAAUUUACAAUCAAUUAAUUCCAUUCGAAAGCUUCUCCAUGAAGUCUUGAAUGCUCGAUUACUUUUGUGUUUUGAGCCUCAGGUCAACAAGAGUACAAAUCAGCUGCAAAGGACAACUAUUCGCAAUCCUGAUAGUCGGUUAACUUCUCUUUUUUUCACACUGUUACUACGAUGUAUUUGUCAGCACUCUGGGUCAGCGCUAUUAGAAACUGAACUUUUGUGACAUCCCAGCCAUGGUUUUCUUACAAUCAUACGUGAUCGUGCCAUGUGGUCGCUUACCAGAAACUUAAAACAAAGGAAUAAGUCAAAUUUCUGGCCUUAAAAGUGGUGGCAGUCGCUUGUGAGAAAGCUUUUUAAACAAUGUUCGAGUGAGAAACAAAACGGUUAUUAAUUUUUGCAAAGUGGUUGAGGGGUGGUUGCUACGAGAAGUGAGAGAUUUGACUGUACUAGGGAGUUACAGCUAGCUCUUCCAAAAUGUGUCAACAGCUGAAAGUUCACUGUCUUAAAGUAGCAUUAUCCAGCCUCUUCACUGAUCCUGAAUGACAACAUCAUUGAUAUACAUGACAUCUCUGUCCUCUCCUCAGUCCUGGUUAUAUUGCAGCUGUUGGGUUUAUCCUUCUUGCCUCAGCUUGGGGCAGAUAUAAAUUAGGCUAUAUUAGGUGACAUAAGUAUUUGUCUUCUUUAAGUAACCCAUCCCAAGCCUCGUGGCCCUUCUGCCUCUACCAGCAAAAUAAAAGAAACUUUAUCAGUCAGAACAAAGUAGUCUUUGUGGGAGUUGUAAAUACACUGUACAGUACCCCAGUACUUUGCAGCAUCUAGAAAACUCUUUCAAGGUCUGAGAUUUCCAGAUUUGAGGGGGUGUGAGGUGUUAGUUUGGUCUGUUAGUUUUCUAGACACCCGUGCACUUUCCCUAUAAUUUUGUUUUUUAAGUAAGUGUGAAAUACUUACACUGUACAAGCAUUUUUUUUGUGACCUAAGAUGGAGGUGACCAACUUGACAUUCCUUUGAUGCUAUAAUAAAUGACAAAAUGUUUGGUGGCUUAACUCAGUAAAGCUUGAUUUAAGUCCUGCAUGCCAUCCAGGACUGGUAGUUUUUCUUGCUGGGCAAGUUACAUCAACUUGUAACCUGUUCUCACUUGCUCAGUGGGUCGGGUUCUAUACAAGCCCUCUUAAAUGAAGCCAUUUAAAGGGAUUUUACGAUAAUGUGUUCAUUUGUACAUUGUUGCAAACUGAUCAACUUUGUAAUUUAUCUCAAGCCAAGAUUCUGUGAUGGAUGGACUUUUUAACAUUUCCCUGCCAGUGCCUAAAGCUGCUUCAUUUACAUGUAAUUAAAAGAUUAAAAAUGUUCAAAUGUGGCCUUAAACUGCUGUCCAAGCUUUUGCCUAUCAACAGCAUCAUCACCUGAUCAUGCUGUUGAUCACCGAAGGCUUGAAUUUUAUAUUUUUUAAAACAGACAGCAGUUUAAGGCCUCAUUUGAACAUUUUAAUGUUUUAAUUACAUCAUGCUGCUGAAGGACAACAGGGCUGUCAUAAAGAGGUGGGGGACUGGGGGAUUUCUGGGACUGGGGGAUUUCUGGGACUGGGGGAUUUCCUCCGGCUACUAUGAAUGUGGCCCCCAGCUACUUUCACAGGAAAAUACAAUCAUGUAGAAGAAAAAUAGAACCAAAUAAAAUCCCAAGCUGUUUUAUUCCUUACCUUCUUGUUGUAUUUACAUGGAAACUUGAAAUCUACUGCGAGUGACAUCCCUGGACAACUUAAACAGAUUAUUGCUUCACUUAACCUUUACAAUGUUUGUUUUAAAAUUUACUGUAGAUCCUGACUCAGACUAUAAAACAGUUUGUAAGUCAAGAAGGAGCACUUAUGAAUUCACAAGAGGUAUUCUUACAUAAAUUAUGUAUCAACCAUCUUUGAGAGGAUAAAUAUCAAUCAACAUACAUGUACAUGAUUAAGUGAUCUAUGCAUAAGAUCAAAUCGCCAAUUGCUUGUUAAAGCAUUUAAUAGGAAAUGUUGGUGAUAUCAUUAUCAUUAUCAAAGUUGUUAAAAGAGAUGAGCUUUGAAUUGGUUAUUAGAUGCAUAAUUCAAGUUUCUGUUAUCACAAUGUUUUAAUACAUUAAUUCAAACUAUUGUAGAUACAGUACUUUAUAACCUAUUUCGCUGUUUCAAGUAGCUAGUCAAAAUGCAAGCCUGUAAUUGCAACUGUUUCAACUAAACCAGUUACAUUGUAUACAAACCUGGGGUGUAUCCAACACUUCAAUUCAGUAGAUUUCUCACCCAUCUGGUUUAUUACCUGGCUAAAUAGUUGUCACAGAAAUUCUUUUCUACGUUAGGCUGGGUACAAUUCAGCAUAGGGUUUUUGGGGUUAACUUUUGGUCAAGGGAUUUUUUCGGUUUUGUUAGAAGCCCUGGGGACUUAAUUGACUUUUAACCUUUGCCUUGGUUUUCUUUUUAGUUAUUUUUUUUUGCCCCCAUUUGCCCCAUUCCUAUCAUUUGAGAUCGGGAGUACCCCUUUUGUGGUUAUAUGCCAGGAACAGUUACCAACCUCUUGAAAGAGUUAAACUGGAUACUGCUGAAGGUACGAAGAACAAUCUUGCGGUUAACCUUAUUCCACAAAGCAAUUAAUCGUGAUGGCCGCCUGGCUUUCCCAGACUAUGUUAUGAAGCGCAGAAGACAUUUAAGGAACCGUAGCCAGAACAACUGUAUUGAACUGCUGUCAAAUACUGAGACUUAAAGAAUAGUUAUUUUUGUAGAACUGUCAAGGACUGGAAUGUGUUACCAAGUGAAAUUGUUAACAUUAAGUCUGCAGAUCGAUUGAAAAAAGUCUUAUUUGAGCAUUUUAGUCAAUGAUGAAUUUUAAUAUUGUACAUUAAUUAAUACUAUGAUAUUUUUAUUCAUUUUAUCUUUUGUAGGAGAUUUUGUCAUUGUUAUCAUUAUUGUUAACUUAAUUUUAUUUUAUUUAGCUAGAGGUCUUGCGUGAUGGCAUCCCUAUUGCAAGACUAGAAAUUUUUUAAUAUAGGUUGAAUGUCAAAUCUGUUAAAUGGAUACUUGAGGGACGGUAAUUCAUUGUCAAGGUGGUCGACGCUGACAUACUGAUACAGUCGUUAUUAUUAAAAGAUGCAUAGGUAAAUGUUGACAUAAUAAUUUUUUCUUUUUCAGCAACUGAAACACUGUGAAAAGGUCAUCACAGACAUGCAAAAACAGUAAGACAAUGUCAAAUUACUCUGUUUAAUAUUAAUAUUAUAACUUAUUAUUGUCAUUGAGCAUGUUAUUUGAAUGUCUUCACUUACAGAAGGAAACAUGUAUGCAAAAAAAUUAAUGCGACUGUGUAUUUUGUUGUAUGAAGAGUUAUACUCACAACUAACUUCAGUUUACCCAUCAUGAUAAUUACCAUUACCAAGGUCUUUGUUUGUGUUAACACACAAUUAAACUGUCCGUUAGUUAAAAUGCUCUAGUUCAGUCAGUAUUUUUUUUUUACCAAGAACACUUACAGGGAUCAUUCAUUUGAAAGAAGUUCUUUUUGUUUGCAUUGUUUGUCUUUGUUCUUUGUUGAAAAAAAACUUAGAAAAUCAGAUGUAAUAUACCAUAACUGGUGUUACUGCUCAUUGAUUUUCCACUUUUUGAGCUUGAUGGUGGCAUGAUGAAUCUACUUUGAGAUCUAUUGAAAACCAUUCUGUGGAUGUGCUUGAUCAUCCAGGUUAAUGGAAGUUUUUUUUUCUAUUUCAAGGUUUGGGGACAUUCAACAUAGGUAUGACCAAUCUGUUCCUAGAGAAAUUAAAUAUUAUAAAAUUAAUAUAAGAAUAUGAUAUAAUUAUGGUUAAUGUAAAUUAGCAUUAAAAUCAGGAUUUUUUUCAGUUGAAAUAUAAUUAAUUGGUUAAUUUUAUUACUAUCUUUUUUCUUUGAAUAGGCCUCUUUCCUAGUCUCUGUGAAUGCCCACAUUGCAUUGCUUACAUUUCCUGGAAAACUCAACUUUUGUUGAAAGCAAAGGAAACAAAGACAAGACAAAAAUUUAAUUUUGAAAACAUCCAGUUAAUUUCUUUACUGUGGUAUUAUUACGUGUAUGUUCAACUCCAGCUGCUUUUUCUUCAGUUUACAGACAGUCAACAGAAUCAGUGAACAACUUGAGCCACCGUACAGGUUAGUUGUUGUUCUUAUUUUUUCUGGCAUCAUUUUUUACAUUGUAUCGACUAGCCUGAAUAAGCAGCUGAAAUUUCUUGAUGCCACAACUGGUUUCCCCAGUCACAAAAGGAGGUCUGAGAAACAAGCACGGAAAUUGCAUACUGAAGAUGUGCCCUACCUUUAUCUGGCUAGUGACACGUUAUCCUGGGGGGGG